UAUGCUUGUUGUGAAGCGUGGGGAUGUGGUUUACAAAAUUAUAAAUUAUUUCCAUCAGCCGUGGACAGCACCAAGAAAUGGGUCACUCUUAAUCGUUGUCUUGCAACAUCAAAUGACAGACAUGGUUCACCUCCCGUCCUCUUACAACUACCUCCUGCUACUCUGCAUCCUUGCCAGCAGCUUUCCAGCAGUCACUGGGCUCUUUGAGUGGCUGAGGCAGAAGGAGGAGGAUCCUCCAGGAGGAACGGCAGCAGCGCCUUCGCUGCCUCCUCCUCCUCCACCUGCAGAUUCAGAUCCCUCAAUUCUAGCUGUGGAAGCGCGGUUUGAAAUGGCGACCACUGAUGAGAAGUUCCUGGCUGAGGCCAAGCAGAUGGAGCUAAGUCCUUUAGAUAGCUGCCACCACAAGGUGGUGGCUCAGUUAAAGGCAAGCUGCGAAGCGCUCUCGGAAGAGGAGCUGGCAAAACUUGGCGUCCUAUUGUUCAACUGCCAGGCGCAGAUUGAGGGUCGCCAAAGUUAUCCGUGCACAGAACAGAUGGCUAUCAAAGAAUGUACAGCAAACAUGGACUCCGACACUUGGAAUGCCUAUCACAUAGUGAGCAACAGGGCUCGCGCUGUGUGCUACGCAAGUCGCCAGCAGCUAUUUCGGCGCAGGGCGGUGAAAACUGUAAACAUGCUCAUCGCCUCAGCUGCCAGCCAACUGUCUGCCAUGGAGGACCUUAAGGAUGGCCAAUUGGCACUAAGAGAGAUGACUGCGGCAUCACUGGACAAGCUCGUGAAGGGCCACAGUGCACUGCAGACUCAGCAGGCCAAGCUGCGGGAAGGCCAAGGUCAAAUGGAAAGUUCCCUGAGAGACAACCUGCAGCGUCUGGGUCAGGAGAAAGCCCUCAUUGCCUCGGGACAAGAACUUGUGGCCAAGCUUAUCCAGGGAAUUACGGACAGAAUGGCUCUUGUGAGUGAGAACAUGCAGAUCCAAGGAUCAGAAGUGCAGGAGAGCCACAGAGCAAUCGUUCAAGACCUCGCUGAUGUCAGACAGCAGGCUCAGAGCAUCCAUCAAAAACUGGAUGACAGCAUGUCAGAGUUUCUCGAGUACCAGGACCAGACGUUGCACUACUACACUGAUCUGAUGGGCAAACUGGAGCGCAUGAACAGCAGUCUGGGAUUCGUGCUGCACUUCCUGGAUGAAACGCAGGGCCGAAUCGAGGAAAGGCUUCGCGCCAUUCAGAGUUACCUCGGCUGGGCAGGUUUAAGCAUCACCGCGAUGUGGACGUGUAUUGUGCAUACCAGCUAUUUUGUACUAUUUGCCGUCGUCCAGUCAUUCCUGCGGUGUCCACUUUUCUCCCGUGCCACACUGCUGCUCACUGUGCCCUUGAAUGCCGUGGCGGAGGUGAACCAGCAGCCGGCGCUGGAUCUGGCAAGUCUCAGCUUGCUGAUCGUCACGCUUUCGCUAGGACAUUGGUUUGUGAGUCAGUUGUGGGUUCAAUUUCCGAGCAGAGGAAACCCAUCUGCUGCAUUGCCAUUCAUUACUUUUGAAUUGGCGGAGCCGCAGAAGUCUCAUCACGCAUAUCCGCCAUCCUCAACGCCUCAAAAGAAAGGGCACGGCGGCAUCGAACGGAACGACCCGCUGAAACAAGAAGGCGCGACAUCAAGUGAUUUUGGUAUACCGGAAGGAUCGUCUCACAGGAAACCUGCAGCAAGUAGUCUCCCUCGUCACUGCGCAUCUCCAUUUCUACUGCAGCGUAUUUGUUCAGGAGCUCUAAUUGAUGAUAUCACUUCCGGAAACCCCCAAGGGGCUUUUGACCCUUUGAAUUACUUUCACGAUAUUGCGAAUGACUCCAGAAGUGCAAGUCCCACACCGUCAGUUAGCAACAGCUCGCUAUCGGGACGUCCGCUCUGCAACUCGAUCACCAAAGCUGGGACCGCGUGCAAGAAGAGAGCGCUGUUUGGACAAGAUUACUGCAGAGUUCAUGAAGGCAGACUCAACCCGUCUUUUCACUCGUGAAGUCAAAUGUGACCUCUGAAAUCAGCGGGAUUUCAGCUUUUUAUGGUUAACGUGUUUUUUUUUUUUUAAUGACCCCCAUGGAGUAGUAAUUUUAACAACCUAAAAUAAACACAUUCAAACUGA